AUGAAAAGCUUCGAGACAUUUAAAGAAGUCCAGCAAGCAAUAGAAAACGUGGAAGGAAUCAGCAAUCAAUCGGACGAGCGCGAGACAAUGGAGGAACAAUACAACGACCUGAUUACCGCAGCAGAAAAGAUACUAAAUCCUAGGGCCAUAAACAGCCAAACAAGCGCCUCACCAUCUACAACAGUCAACGGAUCGAGCGGAGUGAAACUACCGAAAAUUGACCUGCCUCGAUUUAACGGUAGACUGGAACAAUGGCUGGCUUUCAAGGCUCAAUUCUCGUCAUUAAUCGACAAUCAGGUAACACUGACAAAUACACAAAAACUACAUUACCUAAAGGCUGCACUAUCGGGCGAAGCAGCAGAAACAAUAGACUCACUCGACAUCAUAAAAGAGAAUUACGUACACGCAUGGGAUUUACUAAAUCAAAAUUACGCAAGCAAACGGUUCAUUGUCUGGUGUCACGGCGAGUUACUACUAGAAGUACCACCAAUCGAACGUCAUUCAGCCAUGUCCAUCCGCCGUUUCACCAACACCAUCAGACAGCACGUGAAAUCAUUAAAAACUCUGUGA